AUGACAAGUUGGGCAUGCUCUGUUUCGAAAUUAACAAAACCAAAAGAAUUAAUUUCUAAAGCUUAUGCGAUUGUUCGUGCAAAAGCAAUCAACUAUGAAACACCUCCAACAAGUAUGAACUCACAAUACAAUGCAGUUCCUGAUUCAGUCAUCAAAUUCGAAGUCAUAGAGCGAAUUAAAGGCAAUCAAUGGAUUCCAAAUCCACUUUGGAUUAAUGGAUAUUUAAGUCAAGAAGAUGAUUUCAAUGAUCGUCCUUCACCAUACAAUUUUAUUCGAUCAAAUGGACGUAGUGGAAACUGCAUUGCAAAUACAUAUAAACAAGAUGCUGAGUUUUUAUUAUUUUUAGAUAAUAAAUUCUCACCUUAUUGGGAUGCCUUAACACCUGUCAAUGAACAACUUCAUUCACCGUCGUCUGAUGACCAAUGGUUACGAUGGGUAAAAGCGCAAGUCGCUUCUAGUGCAUCUAGCCGACUUCGAUCUUUCGUCCAUUGA